UACUAAUUAAAUUUUAUAAAUAUAUAACAUGUGUAUACGUGGUACGAACAUACCAUCCUGCUACGCCCACAAGUCUAUUAUCCGGGUACUUUCACAAUAUUCUCUCCACUCUAACUCGUUUGUGAUCUUCUAUCUUCACAAAUCGAACUGUAAUGGCCGAUACAGAGCAAAAUCAUGAAGAGAACGCACAAAUAGACGAGCCAAAACCGUCCGUCGAUGCUGUAGUCGAAGAGAAACAGCCAGACGAGCAACAGACUAAACAAGAGGAAGCCGAUGAGGUAUCCAAACUGACCGACAAGCCGCCAGAAAAAUCAGAAACCGAAGGCGGACCGGUGACGUCAUUGCCAGCUUCUGAAACGAAAAAGGCGCGCGUUGUUGUGACUCGCGCCGACCAGGAGUCUGAGAUACGGGUAGGCGCGAGCGGAGUCGCAGCGAGACAACCCGAGACGGUUUACGAGGUUUUCGAGAAUGCGGUUUCGCGAUGUCCCGACGUUCACGCGCUUUGUGUGAAAAGACAAGGAGAGUGGGUAAAGUGGACGUAUAAGGAGUACAUGGAGGAUGUCAAGCGUGCUGCCAAAUCGCUCAUAACGGUUGGGUUGGAACCGUUCAGUGGAGUUUGCAUUAUGGGCUUCAACUCACCCGAGUGGUUUAUUGCAAACUUUGCUGCCAUCUUUGCUGGUGGUCUGGUUACUGGUAUUUAUACCACAAACUCACCGGAGGCGUGCCACUACGUCAUUGAAAAUUGCUCCGCAAAUGUCGUCAUCGUUCAGAACAAUGAAAAGCUGCAACGGAUACUGGCUGUUAAGGACAAACUUCCCCUUGUAAGAGCUAUUGUGCAAUAUGAGGGUGAAUUGGAAGUAAAGCAGGAGAACAUUUAUAAUUGGCAAGAUUUUAUGAAGCUUGGUGAGUCUGUAACUGAUGAGGCGCUGGAUGAACGGAAGGCAGGCAGGAAGCCGUCCCACUGCUGUUCUCUUGUGUACACUUCUGGCACUACUGGCAACCCAAAGGGUGUGAUGCUUAGUCAUGACAAUGUGACUUUCACAGCAUUUGGUUUGGCUCAACUUGCUCUAGAAACAGGAUCAGUUGUUGGCGAACUCCACGUAGUCAGUUACCUGCCUCUUAGUCACAUUGCAGCGCAGAUGGCUGACAUGUACACUCCCAUGAUACUCUGUGGCACUGUGUGGUUUGCACAACCCGAUGCAUUGAAGGGAAGUUUGGGUGAAACGUUGAAGGAAGUACGACCAACAUACUUCUUUGGAGUUCCGCGAGUCUGGGAGAAAAUGAUGGAAGCAAUUCAAGUGGCAGCCAGAGGUCUGUCAAGUUUCAGAAAGAGAAUCGGCGGCUGGGCAAAAGCGAAGGCUCUAGAGGCCAAUACGAACAUCGAGAAGAACUUGCCAACGCCGUGGGGAUUUGCCAUUGCGGGAAUGCUGUUGAAGAAGGUCCGUGUAGCUACUGGACUUGACCGUUGCAAAAUUCAAUGGACCGGUGCAGCUCCUAUUGGCCGAGAAACGCUUGAAUUCUUCCACGGUGUCAACAUUCCUCUCUAUGAACUGUAUGGUAUGAGUGAAUGCUCAGGACCACAGAAUAUUUCCAUGCCAGGGAGAUCUGAAUUAGGCAAAUGUGGCCCACCAUGUAUGGAUUGUGCUGAAAUAAGAAUUGACACUCCAGACGAGAAAGGAGAAGGAGAGGUGUGCUAUCGUGGCCGUCAUAUCUUCAUGGGAUAUCUUGGAAUGGAAGAGAAAACACUACAAGCACUAGAUGAUGACGGGUGGCUGCACUCAGGAGACAUUGGCUGUUUGGACGAGAGGAAUUUCGUGACGAUCACAGGACGUAUCAAAGAAUUGAUCAUCACUGCUGGUGGAGAGAACAUUGCACCAGUUCCUAUUGAGAAUGCAGUCAAGGAGGAGCUGCCAUUUGUGAGCAAUGUGAUGGUGAUUGGAGAUAGGCGCAAAUUCCUGUCUGCACUGGUCACCUUGAAAGUCAUUCUGGAUCCUGAUACCGGUGAGUAUUCUGAUGAUCUCCAACCUCAAGCUGCUGAUUUCGUUAGGAAACUUGGCAGCAAAGCCACCAAAGUCUCUGACAUCAUUCAGUCACGUGAUGAAGAAGUUUUCAAGGCUAUUCAAAGUGCAAUUGACAGGGCAAAUGACAAAGCCGUCUCUCGAGCUCAAAAGGUCCAGAAGUGGACACUUCUCCAUGGAGACUUCACAAUACCCGGAGGAGAGCUUGGACCUACUCUCAAGCUGAAGCGUCACGUUGUUGUUUCGAAAUACAAGGAGACAAUUGACCAAUUUUACGCUUGAACUGCAGACAUUGUGUACACGUGUGGCCUGCGUGACUCGCACGUGUCACCAAACUUCAUACCUCGUGUAUUGACUACUAGAAUGUCUUCACCUCAGAUGUCAAAUUUUGCUACAAUUGCACGCUCACGGCUCGACGGUUUGACUCUAUAGCUUCCACGCCCACGCACAAGCGUACAACAAGCGUGAACCGCAGUUGACUUGACUGUCAGCAUUUCAGCUGUUUGUAUAUCAUUUUUACUUUUGUACUCAUUAACGCAAAUCGUCGAGAGCCGCGAA